AAGCUCCGUUUUUUUCUUGUGUCGCUCUCUUUCAGCUAACCGCUCUUUGACCACUACCUACACUUGCCGAAGAUUUCUACAUUUCCGCCAGAUAAAAAGACAAUAUGGAUGAUUUUGACAUGCUCAAUGCACCCGCUGCUGGAAACGGCGUUGGCUCAGAGGAGGACCCUGCUGCGGCGUUUUUGGCCCAACAGGAGAGCGAAAUCGCGGGGAUUGAAAACGACGAAGGCUUCAGCAUCUUAGACGGUGGAGAUGUCCCUUCGUCACUGGGGGAUUUUAACGACGGCGCUGUCAAUGGAGAGUUCCAUGGGGAAAGCAACGGCCCAUCUGAUGCCUAUGCAGCAAUUUCCAACGCAGAUCGCCUGCAGGCAGAACCUGAAAGUCUUCGCAAAUGGAGGGAGGAACAAAGAGAGAGACUGGAGAUGCUUGAUGAUAAUUCUCGCAAGCAAGAGACUGAAUGGAAGACCAAGGCCAAGGUGGAACUUGAGGAGUGGCAUGCCAGGCAAAAUGAGCAACUGGAGAAAACCAAAGCUAAUAACAGGGUGCUCGAUGAAGACUUCUACAAGCAGCCCUUCUCUGAGCUCAUUGGUUAUGUCACACACAUUAACCAUCCUUGCUACCGCCUAGACCAGGCGGCCGAGGAGGCCAUGAUUUCAGACAUGGACGAGAACAACCCAGGCACGGAAUGGGAGCGGGUGGCUCGCCUGUGCGACUUCAACCCAAAGUCCAGCAAGCAGGCCAAAGAUGUGUCCCGCAUGCGCUCCGUCCUCAUCUCCCUGAAGCAGUCUCCACUUGUCCGCUAGGGUGCGCGCCGUAUCGUUCGCUAUCACCGUCAAUGCAAACACAACCAACAGCCGAUGACCCACACCUGUACUUGGAAGAAAAGACGGCAUAUUCCCCUUCUCUCGAUACCCAUUUACCACACUCGCAGCUCGUUUUCACUCUCGUGGAAGCGGCUAGCCUGCGAUUAAAAAAAAACCCACAACAGAGUAUUCUUCUCCUGACGGGCCAGGCCUUUGGAACAUCAAAUCACUGUUUUGUCACAGAUUUUUUUUUUUUUUUUUUUUUCCAACGAUAUGUUCUCCGACCAAAUACAAGUCCUUGUUUGGGUCCACAAAGCCAGCAGAUGAUACCGGCCCCAUCAAAACAUGCUGUAUCCCCUCAAACUCUUGUAAGAUUUGAUUGUGUGUUUUUUUUUUAUGUCACAUAGUGUCACAGCGUGUGAGUUACCCAUACAUAAAAUUCCUCCGAAUUCCAGUUUCUGUUUAAGGACCAAAUUACAAAAAAAAAAAAAAAUCCAGUAAGUGUGUUUUGAAGUGUCAGUGUAGUGGCGUAUUGUGUUCAAUCUAUGCAUCUCCUUGUGAAAAGCGCCUACUGUCGGGAAUAGUCCAGUCCAUUACAAUUCAAACAUGUUGACAGCUCAGUGUGUGUACGUACUCUAUGUGCACUUAUGUACAUAUACAGAAGGCAAUAUAUAUACAGAAUAUAAAACCUCUAUGUUCUAGAAUCUGACGGUUGUGGUUUUAAAGAGAGCUAAGUAUUAGUCAAAUGGUUGACCAUGCAUGUCCAUUGCCCACUUGUUUCAAAAUCAGUAAACAGUCAAUCAAAA